CGUUACAUGGGAGAACAGAAAUUACGCAAGUCAAAGAUAAUGUAAUGAUGAAUAUGCUACAUAGUCCCGAUGGUUUCAAUGCAGUCUAUUGCUGCUGCCAUAAUGUUUUCGUUUCAUAUGGUUAUUGUGAAGCUUGUAAGUAGAGAUUGAUGUGAGAAAUGACUACGAUCGAGCUAUGCUGCAGAAAUGAGAAAAUUGCAAAUGUGGUGUGGCGUGGUAUUAUCUUCAUUGUGACACCAUGAAGUUACGUUUAUGUUCCAAUGGAAUGUUAGUUUGUUAUUUCAUUAAACGCCAAGUGGCUUAAUAAAGUACAAGAAUAUCAUCAAAUUAUACGUAACAGAAAUGGCAGGUGUGUUCGGCAGUCAUGAUAAACGGUUUACAAUUGAUGACGCGUUUGAAGAAGAAAAUGAUGAGGCUAUCAGGGUCUAUGGCUCAACCACUGAAAGAUCUCCACUAAAGCCAAAAAAUCGGAACGUUGUGUCAGAAGACAGUGUUAUCGUAAGAAUUGACGAUCCCAACCGGACUUCAAGAACAAUUACAAGCACUGCACCAAGAUUUAAAGGCGCUGACGAUACCAUAUCCAGGGACAGCGAUUCGCUUAUACAGGAUGGUGGAUUUUAUACCGGAAUGUUUGAUCCUUCCCAGUCAUGUUGGCGCCAUCCAAAAAUACGAGAGAACUGGAAAAUGGUUUUGGCUGCUGUUGUGCUACUGAUUGUGGGAAUAGGUUUAUUAGUGACAGGAGUUGUAGUGGUCUGCAUUCCAGAGUCAGGUAUACAAGGUUUUGUAUUUUUCUUGGCUGGUUUCAUAUGUUUUAUACCUGGAGCGUACCAUGUUGUCUAUAUUUACUGGGCUGUGAAAGGCAAACGUGGCUACGAUUUCUAUCACUUGCCUUUGUUCAACUGAAACGUAUGAAUACCAUGUCAAAGUUCACAUUUUUUGCACAUAGCCUCAGGAUGUUCAAAUUAAAUAAAAUACAUCAAUUGUACUUUUUUAACAGAAGACUACUGAAAUUGUCUUUCAUUGUGUCAUGUUCCUUUUACUAAAGUUAACUAGUCAUUAAUAAAAAUUAUGUGGGUACAGUGUAAUCAAAAGCCUGUAUCUUAAAAAGCAGUUUGGAACAAUUGUAGAAGCAAUUUUUCUGAUCAACUUCAUUUGAACUCAAAAGGUGUCUUUUCUUGCCUAUAUAAAGCCUCAACAUUGACAUUUAUACUUCAAUUUGUGACUCUUCUGCCUAUAACUAUAACAGUGUAUUGACAAUUCAUAAUUUGAAAUAAAUGGCCUUGAAAUGUGUGAUAAUUUUGACAGUUUGUUCUAAUAUUUAUGUACUUGACUAUUAUGCAGCUAAAGGACUUUAAUUGUCUGUGAAAAACUAUUUUGUUAUUGUAUUAUAAUUUUGUACAGUAUUUGUUACAUGUGUGUUUUAAUAUAUGACUGUUGUCCACUUAUUGUAAAUAAUUGAUACAUGCUCACAGAUUUGCUGAAUUAUGAUACUGUGAUUUGAUUGAAAGUAGUUUUGUAAUGUAUUGUCAGUCACUUGAGAAGUCUGAAAACCAUGGAUUAUCAGCUUGUAAAUAUUUGAUAUUAUUCCUGUUCUCACUAUCAUGAAAUUAUGUCUUGGAAUUUGAGCUUAUAUCAAACAUAAGUUAUAUGUAUGUACAUAAUUAAUUGUGUUGGGCUUUAUAGCCUGAUAAAUUGGACUGUGUGACAAUUUUUAAUGGGCUGAGUGAAUCUUCUGUGGCCUAACGACUGAAGUGCUUAUAUAUAAUUAGCCUACCUCUUGAAAAUAAGCAGGAUUUUGGAAAUGGUAAGAAAUUGUGCUGCAGCUGUUGUAACCAUCAGUGCAUAAAUGUGUUAUUAUGUAUUACUAACCUUUGUUUGGUAAUAUAAAGCACAUUUCUGGCAUUCCACAAUUAUUUUGCUAUAGGCCCAAUUGAAAACAAGCUGUGGAAUUGAAAGUAGUAUAGAUUUUUAUUAAGAUAUGUGGAGGACUGUGAAAGUCUUAGUCAGAAAAUGUAACAGUAUGUGUUAGCACUCAUGCUACCUGGGAAUUCUGCUUGUGGAAGUAAAAUUCAUAGUUAGUGGCAUGAAGUACACGGGUAUCUUGUUAUCCACUUGCUAAUUAUUGUCUGCAGUCAAAGGUGUUUGCCCCCUUGGAAUUGUAUCUUUACAUAUUUCUUCACUUAACAGCAGUUGUAGUCUCUAUUGCUUCAUUAAUUUUUUGGUAACUAAAAUAUCUACUGAAAGAAAGUCCAUCCUCUACUUCAUGCUAUGCUGUGAAGAUACCUUGCAUUAAAUGUGCAAGAUGGGAAUGCCCAAGAUUUUGUCAUACUGCAGUAUGGCUGUGGCAAGACUGAAAUACCUCCUGUUUGUAAGUUAAUUUAAGUUACUGCUUCCAUUACAUCGAAAAGUUUCAUUCCUGUAUAACAUUUGUAAGUGACUAUAUAUUUGAAGCUAUUUCUGUGCUCUACAAUUCUUUAUACUCAUUUUUGUGCGUUUUUAAUAAUAAAAAGAAGUCAAUAAAUUUAUGAACAUACACACACAAAGGGCAAAUUGUACCCUGAUUGUGCCUAUCUCUAAGUUGCAUAUUUAAAGUAAUUUAGCUAAGAUAUUGCCUUGCCAAAUGAAGUGCUGUAUGUCGAAACAACUUUGGCGGUCAUGUUGUUUGAAAUCCAUUCCACGCAUGAAAAUCUUUGUUUGAAUAACGGACCCAUGUUUUGUCUGUAACCCGCAUCGUAUUUCCUUCUACUAGUGGUCUCUCUCACUGACUUGUGCGAGAGGGGGCUGAAUGUUUGUUUCGACUCGGUCAACAUUGUGACUAAGGUAUAAAAGUUGUGUUUAAGAAAGUUGCUGGCUAUGAGAACAGUAUCUGCUUUGUUUACCAGACAUUUGAAGUGCCAUAUUGCAGAUCAGCCCUCUAUUUCACAGCUAAUGGCAGAGGAGACUUUGCCUUACUGUAUUCUUGCCAUCUUUGUAUAACAUUUAAAUACCUCCUCAUUGUUUGUGAAAUUGGUGUAUAUUUUGUUGUUUUUAAUAGUAUAAGAGUUGUUUUUUCCCAGAUAAUACUGCUGCUAAUCAUGUUAUAACCUCAAUGUAACCUGCUGCUAUUGCUUGUGCAGGUCCUGUUUUCUGUCUUUUCAACACUCAAUAUGAACUAAAUUUUGUAUUAUGCCUCAGAUGUCAGUUUUGUGAACAAGUUACAGAAGUGUAAAAGACGUGAAUUAUUUCUAGGUAUUACAGUGAAUGAUAUGAUAUAUAUAUAUUACUAAUUGUAUCAGCAUUGGUUGCUUAGUUUUUCUCAUAUGAGUAUGUUUUUGUACAGCAAAACGUAGGUGAGAGUGUUAAACAAUAUUUUGUUGUUAUAUGUAACAGUAAAUCUUGUUUAAUAGUGUUUGUUGAUUUAGGAGAAAGGAAAUUGAAUCUAUCCACAUUAAAUUUACAUUGCUGGACGAGUCAUUUCUUGUUAAUAUUGCUACUUACUUCUGGCCAAUGUAUAAUGCAUUAAACAAUACUCACACUUUACAAGAUAAUAUUACUAUUAUUAUGGUUGUUGUUAAACAUGAUAGAGAAUUGCUUUCCUGGCUGCUGCAAAGCAAAUACAUGCCCACAGUUCACCACUAUCCAACUGUGUUGUCACUUGUUUAGUAUGUUAGAGUUCGCUAUGUAAAUUUUUCAGGUCCAUUGUUUUAAAAAGUGUAACAUAAAUCACAGUAAAGCAGUAUGUUUUUCUUU